GAGAGAGAGAGAGAGAGAGAGAGAGAUCGAGAUCCUCCCUGGCACACACCCGUCAGUGUGGCAGUGUGAUUUUGACUGACUGGCUGACUGACGGGGGUUUCUGAAGGAAACACACAGGAACGGGGGGACACGCUCUCCUGUUUUCUUUUUUCACACCUUUCUCGCUGUCUUGUCUGUCACCGUUGCCACGGCCGAUGGUUCUCUAGCUGUGCCUCCUGUAUCCACCUCAGCAUCGGAUUUUGCUUUUAUUUCUCCUCUCCUUGAUUGGCUGAACCGGGGCUGAUCCCAGCCAACCUGGGCCGGGCCGUGGUGCUGUUCAGCGAGCCUUAUAGCUGAAGUUGGCACCGGAGAUGAGCGCCUUGAGACACGGGAGCGGGGCUCUCUAUUCGCCGGGGAGAGGGUCUGGGUCGUGGCGGUGCCUGUGGUGGUGGUGGUGGGUUGUUGUGCUCGGGGUGACAGCGGGCUCGGGAGAUCCUUGGAUGUCCGCGGAGGCAUGCCCGUCGGCUUGUUCCUGCAGCAGCACCAGGAUCUCCUGCGUUGAUCCGGAGCAGGUUAUUAAUGCCUUUCCCGUCCUGCAGAGCGAGGCGGAGAGGGAGAACAUCACCGAUAUCUACAUUGCCAACCAGAGCAGCUUCUCCUCCAUCAACGACAAAGACCUGCACUACUACAAGAAUCUCAGGAACCUAACGGUGACCAACAGCAGGCUUACAUAUGUAUCAAAGCUGGCCUUUCAAAACAACAUGAAAUUACAGUACCUGAAUCUGAAAGAUAACAACCUGUCAACACUGUCCUGGAGGAUAUUCAAACACCUCAACAUCUCUUAUCUGAUCCUGUCAGGGAACCCUCUUCACUGCUCCUGUGAGAACAUGUGGAUCAAGCUGUGGUUAGGGGAGGAAGCAGACAAUCAGGAUCUGCGCUGCAUUGAGGAUGGAGGAGGACGCAAGCUGUCCAGACUGACACUUCCUAACUGUGAGGUUCCCAUGGCAACGUUGAGCCCAGCCAAAGUGACUCUAAUGGAGGGGGAGAACGCGAAGCUGUCCUGUACGACCUCUGGUGUGCCCUCACCUGAGCUGAUUUGGGACAUGUCAUUGGUCACCAGCUAUGUGAUCGAGACAUCUGGCCAGAUUUCGGUGCUACGACUGUCCAACCUGUCGUCGAUGGACCACAACAGCAAGAUUAGCUGCACAGCUGAGAACAUUGUAGGAGAGAAGGAGUCCUCUCUGCAGCUGGAUAUACUUUUUCCCCCCAAAAUCACUAAACUGAGUGAUGCAAUCCCAGACCAUCACUGGUGCAUCCCCUUCAGUGUGUCAGGAAACCCAGAGCCCCAGCUACAAUGGUAUCUGGACGAUGAAGCGGUGACAGAGGGGCUCUACAUCAUGACCUUCAUCCACGACGUCACAGAGAGGGAGUACCACGGCUGCCUGCAGCUGGACAGCCCCACACACCUCAAUAAUGGGAGGUACAGACUGGUGGCUAAAAACAAAUACGGGUCAGACCAAAAGGAGGUGGAGGCUCACUUCAUGCACAAGCCCUGGGAUGGAACUGAGAAGGAGCCCUACUAUUAUGAUAUCAACACAGAGAGUCCCCCUGUAGACCCACCUGAGGAUAGAGUCGCAGUGUACGUGGUGGUGGGCAUCGCUGCUGUAGCCUUCACUGGUUUCCUGCUAAUGUUGGUUAUUCUCAAGUUUGGAGGAAACUCCAAGUUUGGCAUCAAAGGACCAUCGUCAGUGAUCAGUAACGAUGAUGACUCAGCUUCUCCUCUUCACCACGUCUCCAAUGGCAGCAACACUCCUUCGUCCUCAGAGAUGGGCCCAGACGCCGUAAUCAUCGGCAUGACCAAGAUCCCAGUGAUAGAAAACCCUCAGUACUUCAGGAGCACAAACAGUCUGCUGAAAACGGACACGUUCGUCCAGCACAUUAAGAGACACAACAUUGUGCUGAAGAGAGAGCUGGGAGAGGGAGCCUUUGGAAAAGUCUUCCUGGCUGAGUGUUACAACCUCUCGCCUGACCAGGAGAAGAUACUGGUGGCUGUGAAGACACUUAAAGAGGCCAGUGAAAAUGCCAGGAAGGAUUUCCACCGUGAGGCUGAGCUCCUGACCAACCUUCAACAUGAACACAUUGUCACUUUCUAUGGAGUCUGCGUGGAGAGCGACCCCCUCAUCAUGGUGUUUGAGUACAUGAAACAUGGAGACCUCAACAAGUUCCUCAGGGCUCACGGUCCAGAUGCAGUUCUGAUGGCAGAGGGCCAGACCACCAGACCUGUGGAGCUGACCCAGUCUCAGAUGCUGCACAUCGCCCAGCAGAUAGCAUCUGGCAUGGUCUACCUGGCAUCACAGCAUUUUGUGCAUCGCGACCUAGCCACCAGAAACUGCCUGGUGGGUGAGAACCUGCUGGUAAAGAUUGGAGACUUUGGCAUGUCCAGAGACGUCUACAGCACUGACUACUACAGGGUAGGUGUCGGAGGUCACACCAUGCUGCCAAUCCGCUGGAUGCCCCCUGAAAGCAUCAUGUACAGAAAGUUCACCACGGAAAGUGAUGUUUGGAGUCUAGGAGUCGUUCUCUGGGAGAUCUUCACCUAUGGAAAACAGCCUUGGUACCAGCUCUCCAACAAUGAGGUGAUAGAGUGUAUAACCCAGGGCCGGGUGCUGCAGCGCCCCAGGACCUGUCCUAAAGAAGUCUACGACCUGAUGCUGGGCUGCUGGCAGAGAGAGCCACACAUGAGACUCAACAUCAAAGAAAUCCACGGCUUGCUCCUCAACUUGGCUAAGGCCUCGCCUGUAUACCUGGAUAUACUGGGCUGAACGCAGGCGGAGGACGGAAGAGAGUUAUGAGUGUGUGUGUGUGCGUGUGUGUGUGUGUGUGUGUGUGUGUUUGUGACAGAGAAAUAUGUCUGUUAAGGUGGGGAUGGUUACAUCCAAGUGUGUAUGAACAUUUGAGGUUGCAUGUAUGCGUGUGUUUGUGUGUGUGUGUGUGUGAACAUGGUGAUACCUCUGAAUGAAGUUUGUGUGCGUGCAAGGUACCGCUGUACAGGAUGUGAAGCUAUUAUCAAACUCUAAAAGGCAAUCAAAAAGUUCUUCAACUCGUCCCCAAUCGUUUCUGUCCUCCCUACCAAUUUCCUCUCCUUUGUGCACCACUAUUCCUUCCCUCUUUCCUUCCCGAAGAGACAUUUACUAAGAGUAAUUUAACUUUGGAGGAAAAAAAAGCUUCUCCCUUCUUUUCAAAUGCUUUAAACUGACUGGGGCUAAACUGAUGAAACCUGAUUAACAGGACUUUAAAUUUAGUGACUCAUUCGUCGCUGCCUGUCGGACAACAGGACCCGUUUGAACAUCCGGAAAUGUCAAGGAGGCGCAGCGUGGGGGAGGAUGUCCAGAAGCUUCAAUCCUUUGCGUGUAAAUAUGAGACUGAACGGCAGUGAGACGUUUCAGAGGAAAUGGCUCUGUGAGAUGUCGAGCCAUAAACACACUGUGUUUUCCCCUCUCACCUUGUCUUGUCUGUUCGUCCUUUCUUUCUGUCUGUCUCUCAGAACUGUACACGAGUAUUAAUGUGAAGAUUCAUCCAACAUGGCUUGCGGGAAAGACUACACAAGUGACGAUUAACACACCGGUUAACAUACAGUAGAUUGACUGUAACAGAAUAAUGACCAAAACAACAGGAGGGGAAAGUAAACACAAUCUGGUUUUGUUUCUGCCUGUCAGAUAAAAUCAGGAGGUGAGAUUGGAUGAUUUCUGGUUGGCCAAUUUCACUGAUUACAAAAAAAAAAAAAAAAAGCAAGAGCAGCAACAAAAGACUAACAAUACAGUGCCAACUGAGGCUUAACUGAGCUGCUGUGGUCAAAUAAUUAUUCAGAAAGAAGGCAAAGGUAUUCUACUAUACUGUAAUGAUGAAUAUUAGAAAUGUAAAAAAGCUCCACAAUAUCUCCUCAUGCAACAGAUUGUCAUACAUGAUUUUAAGGAUAUAUGCACUCAUAUCUGCAUACUGCAUUUUACCAUUGUUUUCUUUUACAUAUCACUUUGCUAAGGCCUGGACUGCACUGUCAUACAGCACAGGGUAACACGAUAACCCCCCCCCCUUCACCCACCCACCAAAGUGACAGAUGCUUCGCUUGUGAUGUCAAGCGCUCGUGUCGGAGGUCAAUUGAUUCAUUUGUCCGCAGCUGUCUGACUAUUGCAAGGCCUUGGUGUUGGGGGUAUUGGGGGUGUAAAGGUUGCUAAGGGAGGCUGGGUUUUGAAUGGUCAGAUCACGGUCAGAUGUGUGGGCGACGGCGCUGGAGAAGGUGUGGUUCAUUUGGUCAACCCAUAUUAAAUCAUCAAGGCUCUCAGCACUCAGACAUCCUUGAAAACCACAUCUGUGCUAGAGGGGACGCGCGCACACACAAACACACACACACGCACUGUAUACCUUAUCCUGUCAUCCCUCCAUCUCCACAAACACACACACACACACACACACACACACACACACACACACACUGAAAGACACUCAAAACGGGCUGAGAAGGAAAUUGAAUUGUGCAUGUUUUAUUAUUUGAGCGGUGCAGUGCUUUAGCCAGGGCCCGUCCUCUGUAAUGGUGUAAUGUAUAUUUCAUUACAGCCUAAUGGGCUCCAUUAGCACAGUCUCCUCACAGACAUUCAAGACUUAUUGUUUUAUGGCUGAGAAGGAAGGAUGGAGAGGAGUAGGAGAAGAAAACAGAGAGAGGACUGAGGAGCGGUGGAGAGGAGAAAUAAGAGGAGAGGUAAUAACGCAUAUUGGGGAAGAAAUGGGGAGAAAGGGAGAGAGCUCAGAACAGAAGCAAUGGGGUAGAAAGUUGAAGAUGGUGGGAGAGAAAAUGUAGGAAUGGGUCAUCUAGAGAAAAGACGAAGGAGAAUGAGAAGACAGUGGAGUGAAAAAAGGACGGAGAGGGAGAGAGAGGAGGUGUGAAUGUCCUGAGGGACAAAGUAAGAGUGAGCAUCCGCCAUUACUGCGGCCUGCAGAUGUUCUAAUAAACCACAACUUCAACUUCACGCUCCCAUCACAAUCCUAUGGCUGCCCUCAACCACACACACACAUUCUCCUCACACAUUUUACUGGCAGUCCACCAACAGCUUAAACUGAAAAUGAACUCAAUAAUGCACCACACAUCCCCAUGAUGGAGAACCACUUCACUCACUUACGGUACAGCUCACAUAUCUGGUCAAACGCUGACAGACACACUGUAUAUACAACAGCUCACAUGCAUGCAACGAAACACAUUUAAUGUUUGUUUUUGCGUUUUACUGGGGCAUAUUUUACUCUUUACACACAUAUUGAAAAGUCAUAAUCACUGCAGUUUCACUAACAGCCAUUUGAAUUAGAUGUAAAACAUCAAUCUGGAAUUAUAAGUCUUAUUUGUUUAUUAACAACGGCACUUGAUGGUAUUGAUGUUUGUGAACUUGAAAAUGAUGUUGAUUUUAUUGAUUUAUAGUAUUAUUAUUUAUAAAUUAAGAAGCAUUUUGUACAUUUCUUUCUAUAUCUAAAGUUGCCUUUUGCAACAACAAACUGAUUGAAACUGAACACUGGUUUAAUAGAUUAUGUUUUAGCAAAUGUGUAAGAUAAUCUUGAGUGUAUAUGUAUUUUUAUGUCAGGCUCCCUCUUAACAGCUACCUAGUCUGUCCUCAUGUACACUGUACACUCUACAACAGGGAUGGAUGUUUCACCAGUCUGUCACAUUUGUAGGUUUAGUUUGCCAUAUUGCAAAAUUAUUGUCACCUGUCAGCGCAUGAAUGCAAGAGGUAACAGCUGCAGCAUUGCCGGUGCAGGCUAACAGGGUCUCCAAAUCCAUCCCUGCUGUACAGUACAGUAGAGUUUGCACUGAGUCAGCACACUCGACUCUAUUCAAAAACUUGCCACACAAUAUCUCUGUGCAAUAACAGAGGGCAGGGCGUGUGAGGGCCUGUGUGUGAGCUGGAAAAAACUGUGAGAAACGAACACAGUACGAACGACUCAGAUGUCAAAAGAGUAGAUUACCUGCUGUUUCCUUUUUUUCUUCUUCUUUUUUUUUUUCUUUUUUUUUUAAUAAUGAACUGUGUCAAGUUGGAUGGCAGUGAUUUUUUGACAGUUCAAGGAAGAGGCUGUGAGAGGGAUGUUUGUUAUGAUGAAGACUUGUCAGCACAACGCAGCAGCGCUCAGUGAACUGGUAACAUAACUGUGGCUGAAGAUGGGCUGUCUUUGAAUCCAUGCCUCAGACCAAAGGUACUGGUCAAACACAGGAAAGAAAAGGAGGAAAAACAACAACUGCUGUAUGAACGGAUAUCUCAGAAAAGGAGGGACUGACAAUCACAGACUUCUCUCUUUCUCUCUCUUAUUCAAGUGACCUACUGUAAAAUAGACUAUUCAACCAACUUUCCUCUUCUAUGCUGCCUAUACUGUACGUGAUAGUCUUAAACUUUGGUCUCUAGAAGUGCUACUUUUUCUUUUCUUUUUUAUUUUGUAAAAUGAAAUAACAGCGAGAGGAAUGAACAAAAAUACAUGUACAAAUGUGAAUAAGCUGCUGAAAGAAAUAAGCGUCGCUAACUGCUGUGUCCGAGACUGUGUCAGUAUCUAGAUUGUACUCUUUUCUUCUUUUGUCUUAGAAGUGGAGGGCAGAGAAUUGGGAAGCUGCAUGGGGCUCACAAAUACACAAAAUGACAUACAGCAGCCCCCGGGAUGCAGAGCGAUGUUUGCUCAUUCUCUCGGCGGUGUGUUUGUGUGUGUGUGUGUGUGUGUGUGAGUGUGUGUUUGGAGAAGGCUGAUUGAUGCCAGAGUGAGUCAGGAGGGAUCCGUAGGCUGGGCUCAGACUCGAGCGAAAUCCUUGUUCAAAUGCAAAGAGAUUCACCGGAGGAAUCAGGGACUGAUUUGUUGUCGCUGUUCACAGAUUCAUGAUAAAUGACUUUACCUAGGUGUGUAGGUUUGAGGUUGGUAUUAUGGCAGCUAAGAUUUAUGGAAUCACUCAGUUGUUUUAUUUAUGACUCGAAAAUCAGCCUUCUUCUCUACACAAUUUACAAAAGCCUAGGUUUCACAGAAAUAUAUGAGCAAUAUUUACAGAUAUUUUCCGUUGCCUAUCUCCUUACUGUAAAUGAGUUUGGUCUAAAUCAUGUGAUUCAUUGGACUGGAACAUAUCUCACACAAGGUCCAGAUGCACGUCACGACUUAAGGAGUAUUAUUAUCCAUAUCACAUUUACUCCCCUCUCUCUCACAACACUAACAUCACAGUCUAAGCUAAGAGAGCUGAAAUAUCAUAAAGGUCAUCUUUGAGAUUACCUGCGUGCUUGGAUGCUUGUGAAGCCCUGAAGAAUGUAUUACCACAAAAAAAAACUGCUUCUCUGCAAAAAACAAAACAGAAAAAGAAAAAAUGAAGCCAAUUUUGCUAUAUGCAGUAUCUCUGUUUUUCAGUACCAGAUUUCUUUUUUUGAUUCUGUGCUAUUUGUCUCUUUGUUUAAAGGGUUUCACUGCUGCCACCGUGGUAGAAAAAAAGGAGGAUUUUGAAUGUUUUGUGGAUGUUUGGAUUGUAAGAGGCUUAAAAUAGGACAAAGGACAAAAAACGCUGGAAGGUUUCUGUAUUAAAAGAGAUGUUAAAAUGUUAUUUGUAUACCUAAAAAUACUCUUCAAAAUGUUAGAAGCAGCUGUACCUAUUGCGAAACACAAGGUAAUUAAAAGCUGGAAAUAGUCCGA